AUGUCUUCCACUCUCACCACCGUCUACGAGUGCAUCCCCGUCUCCACUCUCACCGAGUCCACCUCGCAGAUCCACAUCCGGAGCCCUUCCUCUAUCAACCUCCCCAACGUCCAGUAUACCUACGACGCCAAUGUCUCGGAGAGCGACUCCUACCAUGCCCCCAAAAUUGCCCAAUCUCGCACACCCACUCCAGUCUCCCAUGAGAGCACCAUCCCCGUUAAUGAACACUCAGAGUCCCACUGGGACUGGAGCAACGCUAGCGCAGAAGAAGUCGAGCGAAAGUACCGCAAGACCACUUACCUCCAACAGCUCACCGAAAUCCGCAAUGACUACAGUGCCAUCAAGCUCCUCUUGCAACUUGCUCAGGAAGAAGACAAUCCCACGAAGAUAUUUGCAAGGACUGUCGCGAGUUUCCACGCUCUCAACAAAAACUUCACCAACACUCAUCGCAACGCUGCGGACCUGGUACACAUUGACGAUGAAGGGCUCACGAGACUCAGGAACGCAAAUUGGGAGGACAGACUUCGUAUCGUCAACACUGCCCAUCGCUAUCAAUUCGGGCCCUCCAUUCAUUUCGCCUACUUGAUCAACAACUUUGAACCCAUGCUGAACCCCACGCCAACUCAUUCUCAACCUCUCUCCGAACGCAUUACCUCCUCGUUUUUCAGCCAGUCCUUUCUCGUGUCCAACCAGUUUUUUUGGUCCUUUUGGGACCAACCAUCCCCUUUGACGAGCUCGCCGUCUCCCCCAUUGUAUGAGUCUGACAGCCAUGUUGCCACCAAGAAGUUGGUCCGCUUCGCCACCCAACACAAAUCCCUCGAUCAUUACGAUCCUGGAUGGACGUCCCCGAGCGCUCUCUCAGAUUGGACAACUCCUGCGAAGGUUUCGAAGAGGCAGCUCAAACGCGAAUGCUGCUGCCGCAACAAGCAGUCAAAACCACUCAUAGUCAUCAAGAAGGCUCUCGAGGAGGCAGUCGCAUGGAUUCAGGAGGAGAUCUGGGCCCUUAACUAA